UUUGCUUUCUCUGCUUUCUCUGCAGUGCUGCUUAUCAUCCACAACUUUCUUCAUCUUCUCGCUCCAAGUAAACCAUCAUGAGUCGUGUUUCCUAUCGAACAUCCUCCGGAGGAGCUAGCAGAGGCUUUACCUCCGGCUCUGCAAUUGUUGGUGGUAGCGGUGGUGGGAGAGGCAACUUCAGCUCCUACUCGGUCUCUCGAGUUGGAGGAGCAAGAGCUGGAGGGGGUGGCGGCUAUGGAGUUGGCGGAUUUGGCAGCCGAAGCCUGCACAACUUGGGCGGAAGCAAGCGAAUUGCCUAUGGUACCGUUUGUGGAGGUCUAAGAUCUGGCUAUGGUGGAGGAUAUGGCAUUGGUGGAGGAUCCGGUUUUGGUUUUGGCAUGGGUGCAGGUGGAGCUGGCUAUGGCAUGGGUGGAGGUGGAGCUGGCUAUGGCAUGGGUGGGGGUGCUGGGGGUUUUAUGGUAGGUGGACCAGGCUUUGUAAGAGGUGGUCCAGGUUUUCCAGUUUGCCCCCCUGGUGGCAUCCAAGAAGUGACCAUCAACCAGCAACUCUUGCAACCUCUCAAUCUUGAGAUUGACCCAGAGAUUCAGCGAGUGCGUUCUCAAGAAAGAGAACAGAUCAAGACACUCAACAACAAAUUUGCCUCCUUUAUUGACAAGGUCCGAUUCUUGGAGCAGCAAAACAAAGUCCUUGAGACCAAAUGGGACCUCUUACAACAGCAAGGGACUCAAGUUCAGCAUCGCAACAUUGAGCCUCUUUUUGAGGGAUACAUCAACAACCUCAGGAAGCAACUUGAUUCUCUAGUAAAUGAACGGGGAAGACUGGACUUGGAGCUGAGGAGCAUGCAAGACAUGGUGGAGGACUUUAAGAACAAAUACGAAGAUGAAAUUAACAAGCGAACAGGUGCAGAGAAUGAAUUUGUGGUGCUCAAGAAGGAUGUGGAUGGCGCCUACAUGAAUAAGAUUGAACUUGCUAGCAAAUCAGACUCACUGAAUGAUGAAAUUGAGUUCUUGAAAGCACUGUUUGAAGCGGAAUUAAGUCAAAUGCAUCAGCAAGUGUCAGAUACCUCUGUUGUAUUGUCCAUGGACAACAACAGAAGCCUGGACUUGAAUAGCAUAAUUGCUGAGGUCAAGGCGCAGUAUGAAGAUAUUGCCAACAGGAGCCGGACUGAGGCCGAAUCAUGGUAUCAAACCAAGUAUGAAGAACUACAACUGAAUGCUGGGCGCCAUGGUGAUGACCUUCGUAACACAAAGUCAGAAAUUUCUGAGCUUAAUCGGAUGGUCCAGAGACUGCGGAGUGAAAUCGAUAACUUGAAGAAACAGUGUGCCAACCUUCAGGCAGCCAUUGCUGAGGCUGAAGAUCGUGGUGAACUUGCCCUCAAGGAUGCUAAGCAAAAGCUGAAUGAAUUGGAGGAAGCUUUACAAAGAGCCAAACAAGAACUUGCCCGGCAACUCAAGGAAUAUCAGGAGCUCAUGAAUGUCAAACUGGCCCUCGACAUCGAGAUUGCCACCUACAGGACGCUGCUAGAAGGAGAAGAAAUCAGACUGCAAGAAGGCGUUGGAAAUGUCAGCUAUUCUGUAGUCAGCAACACCACUACCACUGGAUAUAGUGGUGGAAGUGGCCUGUCCGUGGGAGGAGGUUUCGGCGCAGGAAGUGCUGGAGGGUUCGGAGGAGGAUACGGAGUUGGAGUCGGUGGCGGUGGUGGCGGUGGCUACGGCAUUAGCGGUGGCAGCAACUAUGGAGGAGCCGGUUAUGGUUCAGGGUUCGGCAGCGGAGGUGGGAGCAUGUACAGUAGUGGAGGAGGUCGCCAUUCCUCAGGUGGUGGAGGAGGAGGUUCCAGUGUAAAAAUUGUAUCAAAAACCAGUACAAGCAGGAAAUCUGCCUACUAAAGUCGGGUCCUCUCCUCCUCCUCCUCCUCCUGAAUGACAAUUCGCUUCACCAUGCACAUCAUGCCUGUCGUGUAAAUAAUGGCAAGGGAAAACAAAACAAAAAAAAAUGCGCUUUUCCUCUCUGACACUUUCACCUUUUCCAUCAAGGCCUAGCUCUAACAUUAACCUGGAUAUCUGCAUCCACAUCCAACACACUCGAUCUGUUCCUCUGUUGGAACUUGACCUGUCAUGGCUGAAACACGAGUUUCUCCACCUGGCACAGCUUUAGCAGGGAGGCCACAGUUGGUUCACAGAAGGAAAUGCAACCCCAUUAAGCGAACCGUUUGUGGAAUUGUUUCAAGAAGGGCCUCAGAUCAAGAGAGUCUCUAUGUAGGUCAGUGAGAGGGUUGUGAGCAGGUAUACAAAAAGAAGGUCUGCGGUAUCCCAUUCCAACGUUACUUCUCCAAUUGCGGCAUCAGCCGUUCAAUGAAUAUCAGAAAUCCAAUGGGUGUAAAUCUUGUGCCAAACAUUUCUCUAACAAAACCGGUUUCUGCAACCCGGCCUUAUUCACCUACAUCAGCGUCUUUUAUUUUGCGCAAGAGACAUUCCAGUUUGCCAGCUAUUGUACUCCUGGGUAUGUGCAAAAUAAGGGGGGGAACAUGCAGAAAACCAGUAAUUGUGAACACCUUUUUUGUUUCUUUGAUACAAUGUGUUAGCUUUGAUAUUUAAAAAAAGAUUAAUGAGGGUUUCUAGACUAGCAAACUUCAUGGGCUUGUCUCAUUCCAAACAACAUUUCUGAUCUUUUCUCCUUUUUGAGCAUAUUCUUUGGGUUUUCAGAUGGAGUCUAUAUGAAGCUACAAACUAUUUUAACCAUGCACUCUUCCGAAGUAAAUUAGCUUUGAGACACAAAUGAUCUGUUCUCUGGCAAUGUUCUGCAAUGUUAUGUUUCCACACAGGGUGUUUACCGGUAUGUUUCCACAGAUGAGUACUCAUUCUCAUUCUUUCUCUCUUCGUCACUUCUUUUCUUCCUUUCUUCAAUGUGAAAGCAAUAAUGGAAAAGGUGAUUGUUUCUGCUGCUGUUAUUUUAUGAAUUGUAAUGCUUGAUUCUACGCAAGUCUGCAUGACAAA